AUGUUUCGUGUCUCUCAAAUCAGUCGUAUGACGCCAUGCGGCGUACUUUACAACAAGGGAAAGGUAAUAUCAUGGAUGUCCGGGCGCGGCUUUGGCUUCAUUGAGGACGACACGGACAAGAAGCAGCACUUUGUCCACUUCUCCGCUCUCCAAACUGAAACGGGUGGUUUUCGCUCUCUCACCGUAGGCCAGGAGGUGGAGUUCGAGGUUGCCUCGCAGGACGGGCGCACCCGUGCGGAAAAUGUGACCGCGCCAGGGGGAUCCAAAUUGCCAUCCGGUCCCCGACCUCCUGAGGGGAUGGGCCGCGGACGCGGUGGUGGUGGUCGUGGCCGCGGUGGCGGUGGUCGAGGCUUUGGUGGCAGUGGAGGCCGAGGGGGUGGUGAAAACUACCAAGGCAGGGGCAACCAGAGUCUCAGCGAUGACUUCUAA